UCCCAGCUGGGCUGGUCUGGUGUACGUACGUAUGACUAUAGCUCUUAUUUAAUUUCAUGUUUCACUGAACGAUUUUCACAAAUGUCUUUUACUUUUUCGCAUAACAACUCGCUGGACGAGAGUUUUCCUCCCUCCCCGGAGCAGGACAGUGUUUCUAAACGUUUGUCCUGGGGAAAUAUGGUGCAGAAACUGACUGAACUCAAGAGAAUCAAUCAACGAAUGGCAGACAAUGAUCAAUGCACUCGCAACAGUGAAACUGGAUCAGUUACAGAUUCAGAGUCCGAACAUGACCUCUUCUACACCCCACUGGAGGAGUCUAUCUGUGCCCAGGUAGUAGAGACCAUCUUCGAAAGCCUCUCUGAUGCCACAGAUACCGUCCUGCACUGCACUAAGCUUGUCCUACCAGAUUCACUCCUGCACAAUAUUGGCCAAGAGCUGCUCCAUCUGGCUGCAAGUGAGCCUUGUGGCCUGAAGGGGGCACUCAUUGACCUGUGUGUAGAGCAAUUGGCGCAACAAGAUGAAUUGGGUAGUGGACUGUGUAGUGUGGAGCAGAUAGCUGUUGACCCUAGUCUGGUUCCUACCUUUCAUCUCACCCUGGUGCUUCGCCCGGAGGAGGGGGGAUUAUGGCCCAAAGUGCAAAGGCUCUUUGGGGCUCGGGGGGCUGGAGGACCCAGUAGGACUGGGUCCGCCAAGAGGCAGAGUGGGAAACACACACAUACUGUCAGGCUCAGUACUGGGUUCAGAGCUAUCAAAAGAAAGCUAUAUAGUUCAGGAGAGCUGCUUGUUGAAGAAUGUUGAUGUGCCAGAGCUAUACAUGAUUGUAAAAGAUAUAAGACUGCUGUAGUACAUAUCAAAUACUUUUGGUGUGCCCAGAACAAUCUUAAAAAAUAUGUAAAUCAAGUGCACUACUUUGACUAUGGCUUGAUAUAUACUGUGAAUGGCUCUGCACUGACUAAACCAAGAGAAGCCAGCUAAUGUGAUAGCAAAAGGGAAUUCAGUAAAUCAUUGUGGUUAACUAAAAAAAAUCAAAUUUUACUUCUUAGGGGGUGUUGAAACAUUGAUUAACUAAACUCGGAAGUGG